AUGGGAUCAUAUGCCAAGUAUCUUCUUCUUCAGCGGUUUGAUGCGAUCAUGGACAAGGAGGUUCAGGCCGAGCAGCUUGUAGCCGAGGAAGAAGAUGGAAUGGAGCAGCUCUUGGCCGAGGAAGGACUUGAAGCCGCGCAGCUUGUACCUGAGGAGAGUAUGGCCUUGCCAAGUGGCCCAAUCACCCGUUCACCAUUAAGGCACUAA